AUGUCGCAGAAAAUCCUCGAAGAGGGCGACCAGCUCGCUGAAUCCCCGCGCCCUCUCCUCCCAGACCGCCAGGACUCGAUCCAUCCUGGCCUUCGCCCGUCUCUCACCAACGUGCCCGUCACGCCUGGCAUCCACCUGGGCGAGUACGACUCCGAACCCCGCGGUCCUGACGAGCCUUCCUACUUCGUUCACGAUAUCCAUAGGUUGAGAGAGACCAUGGCGCAGUCACCGUCCGCCGCUGCGGCGGGCGCGAAAUCGAACCGUGAUAUUUUGAGGAGGAUGAGCUUGAACGCUGGGCCGGAGAGGAGAGAUUCGCUGGCAGAUGUUGAUCCUCGGGCUGCGAAUCCGGCGCUGAAUCUUAGUGGUGGUAUUAUCUCUGCGACUUUCUGUAUACCACAUUCGUUGAAGUAUAGAAAGGGGCAAGAUUGGGUUCUGGAUUCUCGACGUGGCACGUCUGCUCUAUUCGACUCCUUCCCAUAUCUCUCUUCUGAUAAGACGCCUUGGAAUCAUACUUUGGUUGGGUGGACCGGGGAGAUUGAUCCCAUGGACGAAAUUACCCCGCCAGAUACCCCUCCUGCAACCACAACUGCCUCUAAACAACCCCCUCUCAACAAGAAUUCGGCACCCAUACCGAUAGACGGGGUAGCUAAACCUGUUGAGGUUCCUGUGGCAGAAGGAUUAUGGAUUCCAAAGGAAGACCGAACUCGACUGGAAUGGCAGCUUUCACACGAUAAGCAUUGUAGGACAGUACCUGUUUGGUUGAGUGAUGAUGCCGAGGGUGGGAAUCCGGAUGGAGAUAUCAAUCUGAUAGAUCAAUCCCGCUGGAGGCGGUUUGCAGAGCACGAACUUUACACCCUUUUCCACUACAAGCAACGCGAACCCACCAAUGGUCGAGCAGAGCGCCAGAGCUGGGCGGAUUACUAUCGGAUGAACCAGAAAUUCGCAACUCGUAUCCUGGAAAUUUACAAGCCAGGAGAUAUUGUCAUGAUUCACGAUUAUCACCUCCUUCUGCUCCCCAGCAUGCUCCGCCAACGAAUUCCACAUAUGUACAUUGCUUUCUUCUUGCAUAUUCCAUUUCCCAGUAGCGAGUUUCUCAGAUGUUUACCACGGCGCAAGGAUGUUUUGGAGGGUGUGUUGGGAGCAAAUUUGAUUGGGUUUCAAUCGCACAGUUAUUCUCGACAUUUCGUAUCUUGUUGCACUCGCAUUCUUGGCUUUCCUUCAGACAUUACAGGCGUGGAUGCAUAUGGGGCAAAAGUCACUGUUGGCAUUUUCCCAAUUGGCAUUGAUGCGGCUGCUGUGGAGAAGUUGGCGUUUGAUGGCAACAUCAUUGACCAGCAGGUGGCGGAAUUGAGGAAGAUCUAUGAGGGGAAGAAGAUCAUUGUCGGACGAGACCGCCUGGAUAGUGUACGUGGAGUUGCACAGAAGUUAAUGGCUUUCGAGCGGUUCCUCGAAAUGUACCCGGAGUGGGUUGAUAAGGUGGUCUUGAUCCAAGUUACCAGCCCUACUAGUGUCGAGGAAGAGAAGGAAGAUUCAGGUAACAAGAUCGCCAACAAGGUCGCUGAGCUGGUGGCUAAGAUCAAUGGUCUCUACGGAUCUCUUUCCUUCUCUCCAGUUCAGCACUAUCCUCAAUACCUGUCACAAGAGGAGUAUCUUGCUCUUCUCCGCGCAGCGGAUAUUGGUCUUAUCACCAGUGUUCGUGAUGGUAUGAAUACGACGAGUUUGGAAUAUGUGGUCUGCCAGAGAGAUGACCACGGACCGCUUAUUAUUUCCGAGUUCUCAGGAACUGCCGGGUCCUUGAAGGAUGCUAUUCACAUCAACCCUUGGGAUCUUUCCGGUGUUGCCCAGUCAAUCAACUACGCCUUGACGAUGAGUGAAGACAAGAAGAGUGCUAUGCAUUCCAGCCUCUAUCACCAUGUUACGACGAGGAACGUUCAAUCCUGGGUCACUGCUUUCGUCAAACGUUUGCUCGCUGUUCUCAGCUCCCACAACUCGGUCAUUUCGACACCUCUGCUUGAUAAAGCCGCUCUUCUGACACAAUACCGGUCAGCGAAGAAGCGCCUUUUCAUGUUCGACUACGAUGGCACUCUUACCCCGAUUGUAAAGGAUCCUCAAUCUGCUAUUCCUGGAGAAAGACUCAUUCGUACACUAAAAGCUCUUGCCUCAGAUCACCGAAAUGCUGUCUGGAUCAUCAGUGGCCGUGACCAAGAUUUCUUGAGUCAUCAUCUGGGUGACAUCAAGGAGCUGGGUUUCAGUGCCGAACACGGAAGUUUCAUGCGUCAUCCCGGAAAAGAGGAGUGGGAGAACCUGGCUGAGACAUUCGACAUGGGAUGGCAGAAGGAGGUCUUUGACUGCUUCCAGAAAUAUACCGAGAAGACUCCUGGUAGGUUUUCUUUUCCUUUUCUCCAUUGA